AUGAAUUACGCGAAUUUGAUUGAAGAUGCGAAACUCAAGAAAACGUUUAUACUCGCCACUUUGGUCACUACGGUGAUUGGAACUCUCCAGGCUGCGACUACCUUGCACGACAAAAUCGAGGAGAAGCGAGAAAGGAGAGCGAAGCAGAGUGAACUGGAUACCAAACAGAACAAAGCGUUGAAGGAGCUUCAAGAAAAACUCAAACAGUUGCAAGCUGUCGACAACACCAACAAUAACAACGACGGGGAGGGAAAUGAGGGGGCGAAAGAGGGAGAGAAGAAUGGAAAAGAUAACAACAAUGAGAAGAAAGAUGAUCGCUCAAGACCACGGUCCAGGUCAUCAUCAUCCAGAUCCCGGUCGAGGAGUAGACGACGACGAAGAAGUCGCGAGGAAUGGGAAGACAACAUGUACUUUGCAGAAGCGACCCGUCGAUCACAGGCCAUGAUUGAACGGACCUACAACGACCAUCUCCAGCGUUUGGGACCAAUUUACGCACAGGGUGAUUUAAUCACAGAAAAUGCCCUCCAAGCUCAAACAAUCCGCCUCCAACAAACCGUCAUUGGAAUUCUUCAAGAAGCCCUCAAUACCGGACGAGGCCUAUCUCGGGACGACCUCGACACACUUAUUGCUGCGCAGAAUAGUGCUCGUGAUGGCUCCAUUAAUGCUCUCAAUGGCCAAUACAAUCGAAUCGCAUACCGACGACCUCCCCAAGGCUUUAUCCGGGACGGCAGUCCGAUCGAAGUCGCUACGUACGAGCAUGAACCCGCUCGGCUAAGAAUCGAGCCUGCCAAGCCUGCCAAUAAUCCUCCCUGGCGUUCUUCUCCGACUGCAGUCCGCGAGACGGCCAUGGUCGGCCGAGAAUCAAUCGAUGAGGGAUUUCGUCGCUCUUCGACGGUCCCUCCGCCACCACCCCCUGGAGUCCAACGGGACAUGGCACGUAUGGCGUUGGGAUCUCCUCCUACCACAACAGGUUCCCGUCGUGCAUCGAGAAAGUCUUCGCCAAGCCGUGCGGCCACAGCAGUCGCGACUAUCGACGCCAAGGUAACUCCGAAAGAUCUCGAUCGUGGAAGGGACAACCAAAGACAAAAGUCAAGAGCCGGCUCGCCACCACCGAGAAGAAAGUCGACAUCUCCCGUAUCCCGGAAAUCGAAAUCAAAAGCGAAUGCUCCGGAGAGAGACAUGGCUUCCUUGGUGAAUAGUGCACCCUCUUUAAUGGACAAAGGCACAGCGUCAACGACCGUCGCCAAAACCAACGUCACCCAAAUCGAUGGCAAAACAGCAGCAGCAGCCAGUCCCGCAGCAAAGCCCCGAAGAGAUUCCGGAAUGCCAAUCCCGACGACAUCCAACAACGACACCUCGAUGAAAAGAUCCCAAUCAAUGAUCUCCCGAGCACCGAGAAACUCCUCAUCUUCCUCCCCACUAAAACAAAAACAAGAUUUCCACUCCAAAGCGCAAAAGACGCUCCCGGAAGCUCCGUAUGAAUUAUUCUGCAAAUACAGCGUGGAUCUCCAAACUUCGAAGAAACCACUCAGCACUUCCUUUCGCCCUGCAGGUGAUCAUCGCUGUCCGGCGUGCGAUAUUUCAAUCCCCGUCGACACACGCGAUGUUUGGGUAUUGAGUACACACUUCCCAGGUCGACAUGGAGUGCGAGAAUAUCGCAUGGACAGUAGAUUUGUGGUGAAAUGCCACCGACCCGAAGGGGGGUUCGCAUGUGUGCUUUGCGAUCGAUUCAGAGACAUGGAUUGUCUGUGUAAAUCCGUGGAUGCACUGGUGAAGCAUUUGGGAACAGCGCACACACCGGAUGAAUUUGAGCGGGAUCCCGAUUUGGUGAGGAUGAAAGAUGGAGAGGGAUUUGGUGUCAAGAGCCGGGAGAUGGUUUAUGUUUGA